CUUCAUUAGUCAAUUCCCGCGACGACAUCACUUGAUGGUGGAGAGAGCGCCAAGGACGGUGCCGGUUGGCGAGAAGAAGCCGUUGCUUUCUCAAGGCAGCAUGCGUAGUGAGCCGACAACGGCAUCUCGUGCGCCCGUGCCUCCGCCGAUCUCGGUUGUCCGCGUGAAUGACGUGUCAAGGGAGUCGACUGCGUUGACAUCGACCUCGUUCCGGUCGCGCCAGGAAAUGUCUGCGUCGUCCAGUGUAAGCUCGUCGUCGCCACGAGACACAGCUCCUCGACAAUUCAUGAUCCUCGGCGACAUCAGUGGCAAUUUGCAAUCCGAGUUGUCUGAGGACUCGUUGUUCCUGCCCGAUUUUUCCAAGCUGAACGACAGCCAAAAGAAACGCAAGGCGCAGCACAUGGAGUCGUUCGACUAUGAUUUCUUUGAAUCGCGUGUGAACCAGCAGCACGACCACGAGCAAACGGAAGAAGACAUCCACAUGCUCAACUUGGGUCGCUGGGUCAUGACGUUCUUCAUCGGGUUGGGAACGGCGGGCGUCGCGUGCUUCAUCGAAAAGUUUACCGAGAUGUUUUCCUCCAUCCGCCUCGAAACGAUGGAGCGCAUGCUUGUGAAGGAACUGUCGGGUCACUCUAGUUUUGGAUCGACCUACUUGGUGUACGCCAGCAUCAGUGUGGGCUAUGUCGCCAUUGCGUCGUACUGUGUCGCGAUUCUGUGUCCAGUCGCGGGCGGGUCUGGCAUUUCCGAGAUCAAAGCAACAUUGAACGGGAUCAAGAUCCACCGAAUCGUUCGGUUGAAGACGUUGUUUUGCAAAGCGUUGGGGGUUCUCUUCAGUGUGGCGGGCGGUCUUCCUGUCGGAAAGGAAGGACCAAUGAUUCACAGUGGUGCGGUGAUUGGGGCUGGUCUGUCGCAAGGCAAGUCAUCGUCAUUCGGGCUCGAUACGUCGUGGACCAAGUUCAAGGGCUUCCGCAACGACAAGGAAAAGCGCGACUUUAUCAGCAGCGGCGCCGCCGCCGGUGUCGGCGCGGCGUUCGGGGCGCCCAUUGGCGGUGUCUUGUUCGCGCUCGAGGAAGGCGCGUCGUUCUGGCAUCAAAACCUGACGUGGCGUACCUUUUUCUGCGCCAUGGUGAGUGCAUUCGUCCUCAACUUGUGGAGUGCGUUCCAGAGCCAAGACUUCGGCACGGGGGGUGAAAAGUGGGGUCACCUCGGCAACCAAACGGGGACGUUGAGCUUUGGGUCGUUCAGUGCCGAGAACAAGUCGUACGCAGUCUGGGACGUCCCGAUCUUUCUCGCGAUGGGGAUGCUCGGCGGGCUCCUCGGUGCGCUGUUCAACCAAGUCAACACGUACCUGACGCUGUUUCGUCGCGCGUCGCCCCUGCUCUCGCACAAAUACGGCCGGUUCCUGGAAAGCCUCGUCAUUUGUUUUGUCAUGUCGCUCACGUCGUUUUGGCUCUCGUACGCGUUUGGAACGUGCCUCCCCAAGAGCGGUCCAUAUGCCGACCGCUUGGUUUCGUUUUACUGUCCCGCCGGCGAGUACAACGACAUGGCGUCACUUUACACGGUGACAGGCGCCCGCUCGAUCAUGCAAUUGCUUCACCACACGGCCGAAGGCAGCUUCACGUUUGUGACGCUCACGGUAUUCUUCCUGUCGUUUUACUUGAUGGCGUGCUGGACGUACGGCAUUGCCGUACCCAGCGGGCUGUUCGUCCCGAGUUUACUCAGCGGCGCCGCGUACGGCCGCCUCUGGGUGCACGCCCUCGUAUACUUUCACAUUCCGCACACCGCCCCCGUCGGCAUGUUUGCACUCAUCGGCGCCGCCUCCAUGCUCGGCGGCAUGGCGCGCAUGACGAUCUCGUUGACAGUCAUCAUCUUGGAAUGCACCGGCGUCAUCGAGUGGGGGUUGCCCAUCAUGGUUUGCCUCAUGGCGGCUCGCUGGGUGGUACGUCCAUGUCCACUCGAAUAUGAACUCCGACGAAUGGAUGCCUCCUGUUGGUGGAGCGCGUGGUGGUGGAGAUUGGGGCGCCACUUGGCGGCAAACCAUGCUCGUGGUGCGAAUGGUUGCAUGGUGUCGGGCACUUGUAGUCGACGAAUUUGUUGUGUGACGACGAUUCGUUCUCACGGGCCGCCGUUGUAGGGCAACAGCUUCAACCAUGGUCUCUACGACAUCCACAUUCACUUGAAGCACUUGCCGUUCUUGGAGUUCGACCCGCCGUACUAUGCGCGGUAUCUCCGUGUGUAUAACAUCAUGGGGUCGAACGUGAUUCAGCUCGCGCAUAUUUCGAGAGCCGGCGACAUUUACGACAUCCUCAAGCGCACGUGCCACUCGGGGUUCCCCGUCGUGAACGAACAGCACAAGUUUUGCGGCCUCAUCCAGCGCAAGCACUUGUGCGUGAUGCUCCAGCGCAAGGACUUCUCCCUGAACAAGCCCGAACCGUACACCCGCAAGCCCGCCGGCGAAGAGUCGUUCUUGUACAACGAACAGUAUGCGCUGUCGUACCGGGACAUCGAGUCGACGUAUCCCCGGUACCCGAGCAUCACAGACAUUCGUUUGGACUCGACGGAGCGGGACCUAUGGAUGGAUCUCACGCCAUAUAUGAACCCGACGCCCAACACGGUGCAGGACCAAACCCCCGUCCCUCGCGCGUUCCGCUUGUUUCGUUCGCUCGGGCUUCGUCACUUGGUUGUGCUCAACCGACAGAACGAAGUGCAGGGCAUCGUGUCUCGCAAGGACUUGACCCCGGAACACUUGAAAGCGAGCUUGGACCACCUCAGCGAAGCGGAAAAGCUGGUCAUCCAAGGGUACUUUACUCGGUACAGCCGCCACCCGGAAGCCAUCGACAAGACCAUGCAGCGUCUGUCGCGGGUCUCGGACACGGCGUAACUCGACGACGCUGUAAACCAAACCAUGGAUUGACAUGUUGUUCUCGC